AGAGGAGGAAAAAAGCGAGGGCACCUAAACAUUUAAGAAUGGCUUGUCCAAUCCGAUGACCGCGAGUCCAUUUUCGAUGUGCCCCCACUGUUCUUCCCCUCGAAACAACUUACCACCACCUUCGUCAUCUUCUGCUCCAAAUCCCUAAAUUUUAGGGUUUUUCUCUCACUGACUCAUCUUAACCAGUUGCUCUCUCACUCGAUUCCUGUUCCGAUCUAAUGGACAAUCACCAGCAGCAGCUCCGGCAGGGCGAGCCGGGGAAAGCUGCUCUCGCCCGUCGCGGCGACGGCUCCGUCAAUGGAAUCGAUCUCAUGAGAGUUGAUCUACGCGAUGAGAUCGGUGAAACUGGAGCUCCUCCGAUCGCCGGAGCUUCUUCAACGGUGGGUGUGGUGGUUGGAGUGGACGGUGGUUUGGUGGAUGUGUCCAUUGAGCAAGAGCCGAAAAUUGUCGAUGGAGUUUCUCCUGCAAAGCGGAGGCGGGGUCGGCCUCCGAGGGGGCAGGCUAAGACGCUGCCGCAGCCUCGGCCGCCUCCGCCUCGGAAGAUGGAGGAUGAGGAAGAGGAUGUCUGCUUUAUUUGCUUCGACGGCGGGGACCUUGUUCUCUGUGAUCGCCGGAACUGCCCUAAGGCAUACCAUCCAGCUUGCAUUAAGCGUGAUGAAGCAUUCUUUCAAACAAAGGCUAAAUGGAACUGCGGUUGGCACAUAUGCAGUACAUGUCAGAAGGCUUCCAGUUAUAUGUGUUAUACGUGUACAUAUUCUGUUUGCAAGCGAUGCAUUAAAGAUGCCAACUACGUGAGUGUGAGAGGAAAUAUGGGCCUUUGUGCAAUAUGCAUGAAGACCAUAAUGCUGAUUGAGAAUGUUGCUCAAAGCGAUAAAGAAACGGUUAAAGUGGAUUUUGAUGACAAAACUAGUUGGGAGUAUCUAUUCAAGGUAUAUUGGCUUUGUUUGAAGGAAAAGCUGUCUCUAACUCUUUCCGAGCUUACCAAAGCCACGACCCCAUGGAAGGAGGUUUCUAGUGUUGCUCCCAAGGUGGAGUUAGGAAAUGAGCUUUGUGAUCACAGCUAUAAUAGAGUUCAUUCUUCAGAAAAUACAUGCGUAGAUGUGGCAGUGGAUGGGACCAAAAGAAGAAGGACUAGUGAUUCGCCUACCUUACUCAACAUGAAUACUAAAAACUCGGGUGAUAACCAAGAGAAGCUUCCUAGGGCUACAGAGUGGGCAACAAAAGAACUCUUAGAGUUUGUGGCGUAUAUGAAGAACGGCGAUAUAUCAGUGCUCUCUCAGUUUGACGUGCAAACCCUUCUGCUUGACUACAUAAAGAGGAAAAACCUCCGGGAUCCUCGUGAAAAAUCUCAUGUUCUCUGUGAUUCGAUGCUCAUGAGAUUGUUUGGGAAACAACGAGUGGGUCACUUUGAAAUGCUAAAACUUCUUGAGUUUCAUUUCCUUAUACAAGAGAAUUCGCCAAAUGCAAAAACCAUGAAUGGAGAAGCUACUCAUGCAAUUCCUCACCAAAUGGUAGAGGAUGGCGUUGAGGAAACGACAAGGAGUGAUCAAAGGCGGAAGACGCGUAAAAAAGCUGGUGAUGGAGUACGAAAUGCAAACAAGGACGAAUAUGCUGCCAUUGAUGUUCACAAUAUCAACUUGAUCUAUUUGAGACGUAAAUUUUUAGAGACUCUUCUUGAUGACAUCGACAAAGUUCAUGAGAAGGUGGUAGGCACAAUUGUGAGAAUUAGGGUUUCUGGCAACGAUCAGAAGCUGGACAUUCACAGGCUCGUCCAAGUUGUAGGUACAUGCAAGGCGACGGAAUCCUACCAAAUUGGUACAAGAACUACAGAUGUUAUGCUGGAAAUACUGAAUUUAGACAAGAGAGAAGUCAUCUCGAUUGAUCAAUUAUCAGAUCAGGACAUCACAGAGGAUGAGUGCAAACGAUUGCGUCAGAGCAUAAAAUGUGGCCUAAAUAAACGGUUUAUUGUGGCCGAGAUCUUGGAGAAGGCAGCGACGCUUCAAUCCAUGAGAGUGAGUGAGGCACUAGAAGCUGAGAUAUUAAAGCUCAAUUAUCUGCGUGAUCGGGCCAGCGAGAAUGGCUAUAGAAAGGAGCUUAGGGAAUGCAUCGAAAAACUAGAGCUUCUGAAGUCUCCUGAGGAACGUCGGCGACGUAUGCAGGAAAUCUCAGAAGUACAUACAGAUCCGAGUAUGAAUCCUUGUCAUGCAUCAGCGGAAGAUGCAGAGUUGGGCACAAUAAAACAAGAUAAUCAAAUAAAGACAUCAAGUAAAAACCCACAGAAUAAGGGUGAUAUCCUGAACAACUUAGGAAAUAGUGCACAGAGAAAUUUUGCUGCAGCCUUUUUGAGAAGCAAGAAUGUCUGCACAACGUUUUAUGCUGAUAGGGAUGGUAGUUCCAAUGUCCAAAACUCAUCAGACAUCCAGGAAACGGUUCAAGAAGAGGAGGAGAGUGAAGUAUGGCACUAUCAAGAUCCAACUGGGAAAACCCAGGGGCCGUUUUCUAUGGCACAGCUUCGCAGAUGGAAAUCUAGUGGGCAUUUCCCUCCAUAUCUUAGGAUAUGGAGAAGUCAUGAAAAACAAGAUGACUCCGUACUUCUGACUGAUGCACUGGCUGGACGGUCCAAUAAAGCGAAUACUUUGUUAAGUGCCUCUAUGCCAUCCCAGGAACUGAAACUGGCUGUUGAAUCAGGCCUAGAUGUGACUGCCAGCUCUGAUAAAGGAGUUGACAACAAUCAUCGAGAGAACCCUACUGCUAACAACACUAGUGCAAGCUCAUGUUCUUCCUCUUAUGUCGUGCCUGUGGCUGUUACCAUUCAAAACGAGAGACAAAAGGAGAGUCUUCCAUCUGGCGUUGGAAAAUUAGCGAGUGGUAAUUCUCAUUGCCCGCCUCAUGCUAUUGCUACUUGUCCACCAUCAUCAUCUAUGGAUCUUGAAAAUGCUGUUUCACAUGAGGUAAGAGAAAUCCCAGUAAGAGAUGUAUGCAAUGCUGUGGAAACAGGUGGUAGCCAUAGCUUCGUUAAGAACAUCAAGGACGACGGUGCACAUGCUGCUUCUGUUUCCUUGAAUGGCUCCGUUCAUACCCCAAACCUGAAUCAGGAGAUUCAUUUCCUGGAUUUUUCCAGUCCCACACCAAAGUCAAGCCCUGAAGACUUGGAAACUCAGGCUGCUGAGACAAUACAGUCCUUGUCUUCAUGUGUUCUCGUCAAGGGACCAUCUGGUGUCACAUGGAGCACCGCCACCACGGCCGCUACCCCUUCAAGUAUAGUGGUCAGUGGAACACAACUUCCAGAAGUACCUCAGCAAAACGGUGCUGUUAUGCCACCUGCACUGGUGGUAAAGCCAGCUGAGUUGUCGACCGAACAUGUUAUUGCUACUCAGACUUCAGACAACACCCAAGUGGCUCACCAUUCAUCUGGAUGGCCAGCCAUUGUGGCUGAUCCAGAUGAGUGCGAUGAAUCAGUUUCGGAUCUCUUGGCAGAAGUCGAAGCCAUGGAACAGAACGGUUUGCCCUCUUCUCCUACAUCAACGUUCCAUUGUGAUGAUGAUGAUGACGAUGACUUGACGAAAGGGCCUGAAAAAGACUUCUUCCACCCUGUGGCAAGAAUGUCGCUUGCAACCGAGUUGUGCAUGAGCAACGGGGCUGAGGUGGACGUUCUCGACAGUCAGAAUGUCUAUACAUCAGGAACGGAUCCAAAGGAGAGCUCAAAAGCUAUGGAUGCUCCUCCGGUCAGCAUCCACUGUGAAACCACCACCGGUCUGGAGCUUCCACUUUUCACACAACCGGUGCCGCCGGCUUCAAUCAGUCAUGACCUGACUCUAACGACAACGGCUCUCAGAUUAGGAUCAGAAGCCACAGUGGAAGGGGGAGCACUGGAUGACAUAUCAAAAACAGAACCGAGCCACAAGUCAGGUAAUGAAGGCACAGCCCGUGGGAAUAAUGGACAGCAGCAGCAGCAGAGGAAUGAGAGAGAGAGGGGGACGACCGGGCAUAGAGACCGGGAAAGACAAUGGUGGAACCAUGGAAGCAGUGGCUACAGUCAUACUAAUAGGCAGUGGCCGUACAGCAGCAGUGGUCAUGCUUCUCAUCCGCCCAGAGGGCUCAGAAUCUGUAAAUUCUAUGAAAAUGGGCGCUGCAAAAAGGGUGCUUCUUGUAGUUUUUGGCAUCCCUAACCAUAGUCCCUAUUUAAUUAUUUUCUUUUUGGUGGUCGUCUGUCGAAAGGAAGAAGCUGUUGUAACAGUAUAGUUUUUUUUUUUUGUUGCUUUAUAGCUGGAAUUAUUUCAUCUUAGGAAAGAACAAAUUUGGUAUAAGAUGAUGUCGUGAAACGACCCUUCUUCUCGUUA